AUGGAGCCCGCGGGGCGCGCCAGUGAGGAGCCGCGGGGUGAGCGCUGGGGCCGGGGGACCCGGGACGGGGGGGGGGGGGGCAGGGAUACAGGACCCAGACUGCUGGCUGCUGGACCGGAGAAUGAGCGGCAACUGCAGGGAUUGCUGCCCCAGGAUGCUGUGGGAGAGGAACUGUCCCCUGAGGCAUCUGGAGCCCCCCCAGGGUCUGAUGCUGGGCAAAGAUCUCAGCCCCCCAGCUCAGGGGCCAGACAGUGUCCCCCAGCCCACAGAGACAGGGCUGUAGAGCUAGUGGGCUCCCAGUCUCGGGGGACAGGACGCUCCCUGCAGGGCAGAGAGACCAAACCCUCCAGGAGACAGGCUUCUCCCACCCCUGGCCAGCAGAAGAGGUCAAAAGUCCGGGAUCUGGCAGUAGCAGGGUCCUCCUGUGGCCCCUCCUCAGGCCCAGCUCCCCACCACCCAGUGCCCUGUGGGCUGGGCCGUGGUUCUUGCCACCUGGGCAAUCUCCUCAAUACACUGGCACCAGACAGCCCGGACUCGGGCCGGAAAAAGGGGCCCCCAGAGGUGUCCUGUCAGGUGCGGAAGAAGACUCGGACCCUGUACCGCUCAGACCAGCUGGAGGAGCUGGAGAAGGCAUUCCAAGAAGACCACUACCCUGACAGUGACAAACGCCGGGAGAUUGCCCACUCAGUGGGGGUCGCCCCACAGCGCAUCAUGGUGUGGUUCCAGAAUCGCAGGGCCAAGUGGCGUCGGGUGGAGAAGGUGAAUGGGAAGGGGGACAGGGCAAGUCCUGAAGCCCCCGCCCCCACAGGUGGACAGGGCAGCUCCACAGAUGCCCAGCCCCCACCUGAAGGGUCCUUGGGUCCAGGAUCUGGUACCUCGUCACAGGAGCUCCUUCAUGAUGCUCGUCCAGAGUCCCCUGUGCAACUGGACCCUAACAGGCUCCCAGAUCCCACCCUACCCUGCGAGGCUGCUCACUGGAUGGCUCUGACACCCCCACUCUUCAGCCCCCCACCGGUUCGCAGGGCCAGCCUGCCUUUUCCGCUUGGCCCUGUCCAAGCCCCACAGCUGAUGCCUCUGUUAUUGGAUGCCCCUGGCAGUGACGGCUGCCUCAGGGAAGGCCCCUGUGGCUCCUGGGGGACCAGCAUCACCCCGCCACCCUCCUGCCCUUACCUGGAGGAGCUGGAGCCUCAGGACCACCAGCCAAGCUAUCAACAGGGGUCAUUCCCAUUCCCCCCUGCAUCCCAGCCCCUGUUCUCAUACCUGCACCCCUUCUCCUUCCCCACACCCAGCACACUGACGCCACCCCCACUGGAGGACAUCCUCUUCCCAGGUCCCUACGGCCCUCACAGGGGCCCGGCCCAGGGCUACUUCCCAGGUCCCCCCUCGGGGCAGGUCCUGCUGCAGCCGUCUACCAGAACCAUGGGUCCCAUGCCCUGGAGUCACCCCUGCCCACCUGAGCAGCCUUUACCCAGCCCAUUCUGCACACAGGCUCUGGGCCACCCCUCGGGGGCUGAGGGCUUCUUCUCUGAUGAUCUCUUCCCGGCUCCCUACGACCAGACUGUGAACGGACAGCCUUCCCCAGGUCCUUCAGGGGCCAGGCCUUCCGGAAUGGGACCGUUGACUGUCCCCCAAGACCAGGCCGCCACUCGGGAUGAGGCCAGAGCUGGCCCACUGCUGGACAUCAUCCUGGGCAUUCCAUGA